UACAUGCCGAUAUUGCCUUUAGUAUUGAAUGUACCUGUAUAUCUGGGUAAAAAGAGAGAAUUUCUAACAUCCGUAUCAAACUUGGAUAUCGGACUUAAAAGCGUGAUAAGUAGUGUGUAAAACGACCGCUGUAAAAACCGAAAGUAGAUUUUGCAAGGUGAAUAUGUUUGGAUCGAUAGACGUUAUGGAGGGCGUCCAACUUCUUUGCUAACUUUCCUGUAUCCUGAAUCAAUGCAGGACCUGUAGAACGACAUAUAAGUUACUAUCGAUGGCGUCUGAGGAGGAAAACCAAGGCCAACACAUCGUCGAUUGCGACCUAUGUGAGACACCAGUCUCGUUUUACUGCAGGCGAUGUGGGGUCAAUCUCUGUGACAGCUGUUUACCGAUACAUAUGCGCGUGAAAUCUAAAAACGGUCAUGACGUCGUAGAUUAUGUCAGCAAAGAUGAUGACGACACCUGUUUUUGCGAAUCCCAUCCCAAAAAUGAGUGUUGUGCAUACUGCAAAACUUGCAAUGUUCCGAUUUGCAUGCUGUGCGUUUCUAUUAAACACAAAUCGCACGAAAUGUCCGAGCUGUCCGAUAAAAUUGAAGAACUUCUGAACGUUAUUGCGAAGGAAAAUGAACGGCUACAGUCAUUCAAACAUGCAUUAGAAACAAUUUUAGACCAUACCAAAAAGAAGUUGUCUUCGAUAUCCUCCAUUUACAAUCAGAAGAAAGAUGAAGUAACAACACGGGGAGAAGAGUGGCACAAAGAGAUAGAGAAGACCGUGAAGAAACUUCACCAAGAACUGGACGACAUGCAAAAGGAACACGAGGUGCUUCUCAAGAAACAAGAGGCAGAGUAUGAAGAAAUACUUAAAAACUUAGAUCAAUUAAACAGAAAAGCAACAAGUUUACAGAAAUCACACGAUGUCAAAGAAAUGCUGACAUUCAUUCAAAUGAUUGAGAAACAACAAGUACUUACAGAUUUAACACAGGUUUCGUUUCCUAAAUUCUGUGUAUGUAAAUCAGAAGAAAAUAUUUUACAGACUUGUUUCGGAUAUGUCGAGAAACUAUCCGAAAUUAAAAUCAAUUUCUUAGAAAAAAAGUUCAGAAAAAAUCAAUUGUUGCAAAAAAGAUUGUUAGACGUACCAUUACUUACUGGUAUUAUUGACACGGGGUUCCCUGCUCACGAAAAGUAUUCAUCUCGUAUGUAUGACAUGGCUAUUACUGAUGAUAAUAAAGUUUGGGCGGGAGGAAAUGGUGAAUUAAAGUUGUUUGAUUUUCAGGGAAAUCUCCAUCAAACCGUCAAUAUUUCCUGGAACGGCUACCACUUAUGUAUGUACAACAACAAGGUUGUGUAUGCUGGAUAUAGAGCCGUGGAUAUGAUAUCUAACAACAAAACUGUGAUGAAAAUGUUCACCACAAAGGACUGGACACCACACGGCGUCACAAGCACUGCGUCCGGUGACCUACUGGUUUGUCUCAGUAAAGACGACGACCAGUCAAAAGUCGUCCGAUACAGUAGUACCUAUAAAGUGCUCCAAGAAAUCCAGUACGACUCGCAUUGUCAGCCUCUAUACAGGGACGCUGAUUACAUAACCGAGAAUGUCAACCGAGACAUAAUUGUAUCUGAUAUGAAGAAGUCUGCAGUAAUUGCUGUGAAUAAAUUAGGGAUAUUUCGAUAUUCGUACUCGGGAAAUAACCAACGUUUACGGCCAAACUCAGUCGCCAGUGAUAAUUUUGGUCACGUCAUCAUUUCAGAUUUUAUGGAAACAAAGAUUCACAUGCUGGACAAAGAUGGAAAAUUCAUGAGGUACAUCAUUCCUGAAGGAGGAAUAAAAUAUCCAGGAGGCGUCUUCAUUAUUGGUCACGGUGAGAUGAUUAUAGGAGAAUGCAAGACUGGCUUAGCUAAAAUAAUCAAGUACUUAGAAGAGUAAAACUACCUGAUUACAAUGUACGAUUAUGACCAUUGAAGUUAUACGA